UUUCUAAGUUUAAUGUGUUCUCUUUGUGUACCAGUUUCCAAUUGUGUAUACUGAACAUGACAAAAAGCAUGAUUAAGUAAGCUUUUCUUAAAGACGUUCAGGUUUGUUAACGCGCGCUGUUUAAAUCACGCGGGUACGAUCUGGUGAGUUUUCCAGGCAAGUUGAAGCCGCUUUCGCACUUGUUCAAUAGAGCCCUCCCUCCCUCCCUCCCUGUCUCCAUAUCCAGAUCCGUCCUUUCUUUCUCACUGCAAAAGAACUUUCUGUCUGCAUUUUACCUUACGCUGAAAAAAGGAUUGACGCCCUCUCCUUUGGGAUCCGGAAAGCCCUUUCUUUCUAGAGUUUCAUCACUGAGGAUAAAAAAUGUGUUGUCGUUUGAUAAUGGGGAAGAGACUACAAGGAGUGCUGCAGCAUGCGGAUGCAAUUCUGAAAAAUCAGGACGAGCUUUCAUUUCUCUCUUUCUAGAAAUUUCAAGUGCUGCAACGAUCUGCACCUGUUAAUUUUUCUCAAUUGCUCAACAAAUGCGCGAACCGGGCAAGGAAGAUGCUAGGAAGGAGAGUGGGUCACAGGCAGAUUAAGCAGCUCAGUGGGGGAAUGAAGGCCUUAGCUGGCCAAUUAUCUGUUGCUUUGCUGGUGCUCCUGCUCUGCUCUGUUUUGCUCUUCUCAAGAAUCGGAGACAAUGGCUCCAUCUAUUAUUCAGAGAAGAUUGAUGUGGGUAAGCUUUGGGUAACUGCUUCAUCAGGUGGUUGGCGGUCAUCAUCUGCACCAAGGUCCAACUGGCCAUCUCCUCCAACUGAGAGCAAUGGAUACUUGUUGGUUCGCUGCAACGGUGGCCUAAAUCAACAACGUAGUGCGAUAUGUAAUGCUGUUCUUGCUGCUCGGAUCAUGAAUGCUACACUUGUUCUACCAGAGCUGGAUACCAAUUCCUUCUGGCAUGAUGAUAGUGGAUUUCCAGGUAUAUAUGAUGUUGAUCAUUUCAUUAAAUCUCUGAAGAAUGACGUACGAGUUGUGGCAAGUCUUCCAGAAAUCCCAAGUGCUGGGAAGAAAAAAAAAAAGAUGAAAGCUUUACAGCUUCGUCCUCCUAGAGAUGCUCCUCCAACUUGGUACACGACUGUCGCGUUGGAAAAGAUGAAGGAGCAUGGUGCUAUCUACCUCACUCCCUUUUCUCACCGGCUUGUGGAAGAGAUUGAUGAUCCGGAAUAUCAAAGGCUGAGAUGCAGAGUGAAUUACCAUGCCCUCCGGUUUAAGCCACAUAUAAUGAAACUAAGCAGCACGAUUGUUAGCCGUCUUCGUGCUCAAGGCCACUUCAUGGCGAUUCACCUUCGUUUUGAGAUGGACAUGCUUGCUUUUGCUGGGUGCUACGAUAUUUUUACAUCUGAAGAACAGAAAAAAUUGUCAAAGUACCGCGAGUUAAACUUUGCCAAGAAAAGGCUUAUUCCUGAAGAAAGGAGAGCUAUUGGAAAGUGCCCCUUGACUCCUGAGGAGGUAGGACUUCUAUUGCAUUCAAUGGGCUUUGACAACUCAACGCACAUAUACCUGGCUGCUGGCGAGCUCUUUGGUGGAGAGCGAUUCAUGCACCCAUUCAGAGCCCUCUUCCCUCACCUCGAGAACCGCAGCACUGUGGCCACCCCACAAGAGCUGGCGAUCAUGAAUGAGGAUGGCCAGGGCCUGAUGGGCUCAGCCGUAGACUACAUGGUCUGCCUCCUCUCCGAUGUUUUCAUGCCCACCUAUGACGGGCCUAGCAACUUUGCCAACAACCUCAUGGGCCACCGCCUAUACUAUGGUUUUCGAACCACCAUCCAGCCCAACAGGAAGGCUCUUGCACCGUUAUUCAUCGAUCGACAAAAGGGGCGAUUGACAAGUGAGGAGUUUGAGGUGGGGGUGAGACGGGUGAUGAGUGGGACACACUUUGGUGGGCUCCGUAAGAGGGUUCCACCCGCAUCAUUUUAUACAAAUUCAUGGCCUGAGUGUUUUUGUCAAAAUUCAGCGACGGACUCAGAGGAGAGAUGCCCUGUGGAUAAUGUGGUUGAGGUUUUGAAAACUAAGUUGGCGGGUGAGCAGAGCUCGUCUUAUGUAGGUCCUAGUGGAAAUGAAGUGGAAAGGGAUGGACUUCUUGUUUCUGAUUUGGAGGAUGUGUCUGGGUAGUGGCUUUGUGGGAGACGGAUUCUUGCAGGUCUCAGAUGGCUAACAAGUUUUGAGCAUACACGACUUCUUGUGAGGGGCUUUCUGUGAUGGAGAUUGAGUGGAGAAACGAAGAGCUUCACCUUUACUAGUCUACCUAUAAUAUUUGUCUGGUUUUUAACUUUUGGUUAGUUAAUCAAUAGUUUUUUGAUACGAGUGGCUGGGUAUGGCAAGUUCUCUACAUUAGAGAUGGAUUGGAGAAACAUAGACUUCACCUUAGCUGGUCUGCAUUUUAGAAUGGGGAUGGAAUAGAGAAAAAUGGUGCUUCACUGUUUCUGGUCGGCCUUAGGGUGAAGUUUAUUUGAACAACGUAGAGGUGAUUCUUUUAGAUGGGAUGAUAGAUGUUUUGUGCAAAGAGGCUGGAGAAGGUUGGCAUGAAUGGAAGAGCCAAGAGACAUGAUUAAGGCCUCAGUACUAAUUGUGAGAUUAUUUGUUAGCUGACCCUUGAAAUCUGUUUUUGUACUCGUAAUUGGAUUUGACUGGAGCUGACUAUAUGGACUGGAGAGGUACUGUUGCUUGGGAUAGUGACUUUGGUCACAAUCUUGCUGUAUCAUAAUUGCCAAGUUCUCUACAAGUAAGUCACAGCAAGGCGAUUCCUCUAAUUUUUUUUAGAUACUUUAGUUCCUCUUGUAGCUUGGAUGAAUCUAACAAGUAAAGGUGAAUACUAAUUGAUAGGAACAGAAACAUGGCAUCUUACAUUUUCAAUUUCCCAAAAAUAUUUAAUGUUGUAUUUUUUUUCGUGACUCAA